AUGGAGUCGCUACACAGUGAGUUCUCAUCCCCAUAUACCAUCACGGUACCCACUAGGGUGGGGAACUUGCACUCAAUUGCAUCUCAACCCAUCUACAACCGAGAUGUCAAAUCAACAAAUAUAUUGUUGGAUGAAAAGUACAGGGCAAAAUUAGCUGAUUUUGGAGCCUCUAGGAUAGUUUCUGUUGAAGCUACUCACCUCACCACAGUAGUUCAAGGAACUUUUGGAUACUUGGACCCUGAAUAUUUUCAUACUAGUCAAUUCACAGAAAAGAGUGAUGUCUAUAGCUUUGGAGUGGUUCUUGCUGAACUUUUAACUGGUCAGAAGGCAGUGUCCUUUGCAAGAUCCGGGGAAUCCAAGAAUUUAGCUUCAUAUUUUGUUCAGUGCAUGGAGGAUAAUAGUCUUUUUGACAUUGUUGACAAAAGAAUCACAAAGGAUGGGAAAAGAGAACAUGUCAUAGCAGUUGCUAAUCUUGUGAAGAGAUGCUUAGAGUUGAAUGGGAGAAAACGACCAACUAUGAAAGAAGUCACAUUAGAAUUGGAAGAGAUCCGGAAAUUGGAGAGGAAGUCUAGUAAUGCAGAACAAAAUCAUGAAGAAGUUGAGGUUGUUGGAAUUGAAGACUACCAACAACCUUGGACCGGAUAUUCUACAACAUCAAAUUCAUUUCCAACUCUAAGCAGCGGAACACUCUCUCCAAACUCUGGGACUAUGCAUAUUGUUGCAUUAGAAUAA